AUUGACCUUCUUUUGGAACCCCAUUUGCCAGUAAUCAAGAUGGCUGCCGCUGCUGCGAUUUACCCCCCAUUGAGGGAUCGCCCAAUCAAGAACACCGUGGUGCUCUUCGAUGUUGACGAGACGCUCACCAAGGCCCGCAAGUUCGUCAAGCCCGAAAUGCUCCAGCUCCUCUCCGAGCUCCGUCACAAAGUCGCCAUUGGAUUCGUUGGUGGCUCCAACCUCGUGAAGCAGCAGGAACAGCUCGGAGGCAACGUCGAAGUUACUUCCCUUUUCGAUUUUUGCUUCUCGGAGAACGGCUUGACAGCAUACAGGUUGGGCAAGGAGCUCGCCAGCACAAGUUUCAUUGGAUGGAUCGGUGAGGAGAAGUACAAGGAGCUUUCGAGAUGGAUCCUCCACUACAUCGCGGACCUCGACAUUCCCAUCAAGCGCGGCACCUUCAUCGAGUUCCGAAACGGCAUGAUCAACGUGUCGCCCAUUGGUCGUAAUGCCUCCUCGCAGGAACGCAACGACUACGAGGCGUACGACAAGCAGCACAACAUCCGCCACACCAUGAUUGCUAAGCUCAAGGAAGCAUUCCCGGACAUUGGCUUGACCUACAGUGUCGGUGGACAAAUCUCUUUCGAUGUGUUCCCUACAGGCUGGGACAAGACGUACUGCCUGCGCCACAUCGAAGCGGACAAGGAUCUCGAGGACGGUGUCGAGUACAAGACCAUCCACUUUUUCGGCGACAAGACAUUCGAGGGCGGCAACGACAGGGAGAUUUACGUCGAUGAGAGGACCGAGGGCCACUCGGUCAAGGAUCCAGAUGACACGUACAACCAGCUGAAGGCGCUGUUCUUCUCUUGAGUGCAUUGGAUCUGAAUAUAGAUGAGCGCAACCUCGAGACAAAAAGUCCAAAAAAAAAAGAACCCCGCAUAAUGAUUUUGAGCGCAUGAGCGUACGCAAACACGGGCGAGGCGCUUCAUACCCUCUACAAAUGGCCAGAAAAAAGCACAUUAAUACGAAUACGAUAGAUUUGCUUCAUCCAUCCAUCGUGCCAGUCGCGACUUGCAUUACCAUUCUCCCUGAACCCCGAGACACGUUCGUAGUUUGUUUGGUUGAAGUUGCUCAGGUCUUACUUUCUUUCUAGGCGGCUUGUUGGUCUUUGAUUUUGCCAUUGUGCAAUGUCAGCGAAUCAUCCCGUCAGCCACAGGCGAAGGCGAAACAAGAGCUAGUUCACCCCUCCAACUCCACCACCCCCCACCAAACCCCAUAUCUUGGAUGGAGUUUGGGCAACAAUGCGAUUGUGCUCGUGGGAUUGAGCCCGUUCUUUUGAAUGAUCAUAGCACUCGGAUGUACUCUAGACAGCAAUAGACAGAGAACACGAGAAUGUUGAUGACAAAAACAGGCCCCUUGCCGGAUGUACAGACACGAACACACCAGUUGGGCAAGAAAGCGACAGCGUAAACAGCCCGUGCGUUGUUGUUCUCGGGCCAUGACCCCAGCUUUGAAUCCCUCCUCCGGUUGGCUGCCUGGGCUGAUUGAAUUUAUUGAUAUUGGUUUUCUUGCGAGUCUGCCAUUCGCUGCUUGUGUAGUGUAUGCAAUCAAUGUACAUGUAUAUAUGAAGGAAUGAGUCGUGUUU